CUCACAGAAACUGUGUGGUUUCUGAGCAGCGCUCACACGCCUCGCUCAUACGCACUUUAAACAGGAUGUAGCUGCUGAGACAGACUACGGAAAGACAGAAAAAGCGGGUUAAACACUGCGAUGUGACAAACACCAGUGAGCCAGAAAAUGCCCACCACAGCGGAGGAGAAGAAGACAGGAGGAGUCCCGAUGAGGCAGCUCACCGCCGGCAGGUCUUGACGGCUGCUCCCGCUGACCUGAGACGCCCAGCACCGCCGCAGCACCGCGCGGUCUACACACACUGAAAACCCAACAUAGCCGAAACACUCAACAUCCCAUCGGUGAACCUUAUAAACGACAAUGGCGAGCCAGGGCGACUGCUGUGUGAAGGUUGCACUGAGGAUUCGUCCUCAGAUGGCCAAGGAGAAGAUAGAGGGCUGCCAUGUGUGCACGCUGGUCACACCUGGAGAACCACAAGUCCUCCUGGGUAAAGACAAAGCCUUCACCUAUGACUUUGUGUUUGACAUCGAAUCAGAGCAGCAGCACAUCUACCAGACCUGCGUGUAUAAGCUCAUCGAGGGCUGCUUCGAGGGCUACAACGCCACAGUGUUCGCUUAUGGUCAGACGGGGUCGGGGAAGACCUACACCAUGGGGACGGGCUUUGAUAUGAGCCUGGGCCAGAAGGAGCAGGGCAUCAUCCCACGGGCCGUUCACCAGCUGUUUGAGGGAAUCAAGAACAGGAGGGUGCGUGCCCAGGAGACCGGCGGCCAGCCACCUGAGUUCAAAGUCAGCGCCCAGUUCCUUGAGUUGUACAAUGAAGAGAUCCUUGACUUGUUCGACGGAGCCAGAGAUCCAGAGAGUCGCAGCAGGAAGUCCAACAUUAAGAUUCAUGAGGACAGCAGCGGCAGCAUCUACACCACUGGAGUCACCUCUAGACUGGUGCAGUCAGAGGAGGAGCUGCUGCAGUGCCUGAAGCUCGGUGCUCUGUCCCGCACCACAGCCAGCACCCAGAUGAACGCCACAAGCUCCCGCUCGCACGCCAUCUUCACCAUCCACCUCUGUCAGAUGAGAGUGUGCCAGCAGGCUCAAAUGCAGAAUGGUGGAGGAGGAGGAGGAGAGAACGGGGAGGUGAACGGCGUGGACUCCAGCCCCAUCGCUCAGCCGGAGUUCGAGACGCUGAUGGCCAAGUUCCACUUUGUGGACCUGGCCGGCUCUGAGAGGCUGAAACGCACAGGAGCUACAGGGGAGAGAGCGCGGGAGGGAAUCUCGAUUAACUGUGGACUGCUGGCACUGGGGAAUGUGAUCAGUGCUUUAGGAGACCAGACUAAGAAGGGAGGGCACGUCCCUUACAGAGACUCUAAGCUCACUCGUCUGCUACAGGACUCACUGGGAGGCAACAGUCGCACAGUGAUGAUCGCCUGCGUCAGUCCAUCAGACCGGGACUUCAUGGAGACACUGAACACACUGAAGUACGCCAACCGUGCCCGAAACAUCAAGAACAAGGUGGUGGUGAACCAAGACAAGACCAGCCAGCAGAUCAGCGCCCUGCGUGCCGAGAUAGCCCGACUUCAGCUGGAACUGAUGGAGUACAAGGCGGGGAAGCGUGUGGCCGAUGAGGAUGGUUCAGAAGGCUACAGCGACCUGUAUCAGGAGAAUGCCAUGCUGCAGAGAGAAAACGACACACUGCGCCUCAGGGUGAAGGCCAUGCAGGAGACCAUUGACCACCUCAAUACACGCGUGACUCAUCUGCUGGCCAAUGAGGUCAGCACUCUGCUGACCAAGUCAAGUGAGGGCAACGAGGAGAUUGGGGCUUUAAUCCAGAACUACAUCCGAGAGGUUGAAGAACUUCGAACCAAACUUCUUGAGAGCGAGGCCAUGAACGAGUCGUUGCGACGGCAGGUGGCCCGACUUUCUUCACGUUCCCCAUUCCCUCAAUCCACUCUCAGUCCCGCCCCCGGCCACCCCCCUGGCUCCUCCCCUGCUCCUAUGUCCAUGGAGGCUGAAAUGACGGACGUGUUACGCAGGGCCAAGAUGGACAUCGAGAGGCUGAAGAAGAAGGAGAGGAGGCAGAGGAGAAUGAGUCCCGAGCUGGAGAAAGGUAUGAAGAAACGAGUGAAGCUGCACACUCAUGAGAAUGGAGAGAACGGGCAGAGUGGUGAAAACAGACAAAAUGGACAGAAUGGAGAGAUCGAUUCAGACGACAAUUACACCGAGGACAUCAUGUCUCCACUGCAGGAGGAAAGCGGCUGUGAUGAAGAUGAGGGGGAGGAUGAAGAGGAGGGCAGGGAGGAGGAGGAUGGGUUUGACAGUGAUGAGAGCCUGGUGGAUUCAGACUCAGACUCUGAUGAGAAAGCCAACUUCCAGGCAGACCUGGCUGACCUGACCUGCGAGAUCGAGAUUAAACAGAAGCUGAUAGACGAGCUGGAGAACAGCCAGCGGAGACUGCUGAUGCUGAAGCUGCAGUACGAGGAGAAGCUCAUUCUGCUGCAGAACAAGAUCCGAGACACUCAGCUGGAGAGGGACCGUGUACUGCAGAAUCUGAUGUCCAUGGAGAACUACACAGAGGAGACGGCCAACCGGAUCAAGCAGGACUACGAGAAACGUCUUAAGGAGAUGAACCGAGACCUGCUGAAGCUACAGGCGGCACAGAAAGAGCAUGCCCGUCUCCUCAAAAACCAGGGGAGGUACGAGCGGGAGCUGAAGAAACUCCAGACAGAGGUCAACGAGAUGAAGAAAGCCAAGGUGAUACUGAUGAAGCAGAUGAAGGAGGAGCAGCAGAGGAGGAGGAUGGUGGAGGCAAAGCGGAACCGUGAGAUCGCUCAGCUCAAGAAGGAGCAGCGACGACAAGAGUACCAGAUCCGAGCGCUGGAGUCUCAGAAGCGGCAGCAGGAGCUGGUGCUGCGCAGGAAGACCCAGGAAGUGACCGCCCUGCGGCGCCUCACCAAGCCCAUGUCAGACCGCGUGGCUGGGCGUGUGGCCCGCUGGAACCAGACUCCUCCAGUUACAGACUCUGGAGCUGAGUUAUCGGCCAGCACUACUGCAAGCAGCUCUGAACCCGAGACUGGGAGGACCGUGAGCGGGCUGGUGAGACAGUGGAACAACAAAAACAAUGUGUUCGGAUACAUGGCAGAGAGUGAAGGGAGCAUGGAUGGAACCAGGGUCAUUGGCAGUAGGAAGAAGUUGCAGCGUAAGCCAGCAGGUCUGGGUGUUGGAGCUGCGAACAGAGCUGGCAGCAUCUCCAAGUCUGCGCGUCAGAAGUGGCAAGCACUCGAACAUCGCAUUAUGGACAUUGUCAUGCAGAGAAUGACAAUCGCAAAUGUAGAAGCUGACAUGGAUCGCCUUAUCAAGAAGCGAGAGGAGCUGACAGUCCAGCAGGAAUCACUCUCACAUAAGAGGGAGGUACUCAUGGCAGAUGGGGAGGGACCAGAAGCAGAGGACCGCCUCCUCCAGGAAAUUAAUGAGGAGAUUGAGGUGCUGAACGCCAACAUAGACUACAUCAACGACAGCCUGUCUGACUGCCAGGCCACCAUUGUACAAAUAGAAGAGACCAAGGACGAGCUGGACUCAGUGGACACCUCAGUGGUGAUCAGCUCCUGCUCUCUGUCUGAAGCGCGCCACCUGCUGGACCACUUCCUGAAGGCUUCCAUAGACAAAAGUUUACAGGUGGCUCAGAAGGAGGCUCAGAUCCGACUACUAGAGGGUCAGCUGAGACAGACAGAUGUGAUUGGCUCGUCUCACAAUCACAUAAUCCUUGAUGCCCUGCGAGAGAAGGCCGAAUACAUCCCUGAACUCCAGGCGCUCAUUCACAAUGUACAGCAGGAAAAUGGCUAUGCCAGCACCGAUGAGGAGCCGUCUGAGUUCAGCCAAGCCUCUGACAGCAGUAUAUCUCAGAUGAAAGAAUCCAACAGCCAAGAUGAUUUCAAAAUAAAGAUGGAGCCUCGUCUGUCGGCUCAGAUGAAGGCAGUGUCUGCGGAGUAUCUGGGUCCCAUCCUGGACUUGUCGGGUGGCAAGCAGCAGCACAUCACCAAGUCUCUGGCCUCACUUACGGAUAUCCAGGAGGAUGGCAUGAGCCUGGGGACAGCGAGUCUUGGGCUCAGCUUGGCCCUACGAGACCCUUACCACAGGGACAGGGCGUCCCGCACCAUCAGCCUGCCUGUCAGGGGACACACCUUUCCCAGGCAGUCUCGAGGUUAUGACACUUCCCCUCUAACAAGGAGGAAAUCUUACGACCGUGCAUACAGGCCCACUGACGGCUACACUCCCCCGUCCUCCCCUCCUCUGAGGACAAGGAACGACCGCAACGUCUUCUCUAGGCUCACCAGCAACCAAACCCAAGGUUCUGCUCUGGACAAGUCGGAUGACAGCGACUCCUCGCUCUCCGAGGUGCUCAGGGGUGUGAUCAAUCCCAUCGGGGGUGUGAAGGGGGGUCGGACGGCGCCCCUGCAGUGUGUCUCUGUAGCCGAGGGACAUUCAAAGCCAGUCCUGUGUGUGGAUGCUACAGAUGAGCUGCUAUUCACUGGAUCUAAAGAUCGUACCUGUAAGAUGUGGAACCUGGUAACGGGUCAAGAGAUUGUCACUCUCAAAGGCCACCCAAACAACGUGGUGUCUGUCAAAUAUUGUCCAUCCUCCUGUCUGGUCUUCUCUGUCUCCACCUCCUACAUCAAGGUGUGGGACAUCCGCGACUCUGCCAAGUGUAUCCGCACGCUUACUUCAUCAGGACAGGUGGUUUCAGGUGAUGCAUGUGCGGGCACCACCACCCGCACAAUAACCUUUGCACAGGGCGAGUGUCAGAUUAACCAGAUAGCCCUCAACCCGUCAGGAUCUGUGCUCUACGCUGCUGCUGGAAAUAGUGUUCGCAUGUGGGACCUCAACAGGAUGCAAGGAAUGGGGAAGCUGACAGGCCACAUCGGUUCUGUCAUGUGUCUGACAGUGGGACAGUCUCUGCUGGGCAAAGACCAAGUAAUCACUGGCUCCAAAGACCAUUAUGUCAAGGUCUUUGAUGUGGCAGAGGGAACUCUGGGUAAUGUAGGUCCAGCUCAUAACUUUGAGCCACCUCAUUAUGACGGCAUCGAUUGUUUGGCUGUACAGGGAGAUGUGCUGUUCAGCGGGUCGAGGGACAACGGCAUCAAAAAAUGGGACCUGGAGCAGCAGGAACUCACUCAGCAAAUCCCCAACGCCCAUAAGGACUGGGUGUGUGCUCUGGCAUAUGUCCCAGGCCGGCCCAUGCUGCUGAGCGCCUGUCGGGGCGGCAUGCUGAAGGUGUGGAACGUAGACAAUUUCACCCCCAUAGGAGAGGUCAGAGGUCACGACAGCCCCAUCAAUGCCAUAUGUACCAACUCAAGACAGAUCUUCACUGCAUCCAGCGACAAAACAGUGAAGAUCUGGUCGUCAAAGGUGUGGAGGAAGAGGUGACGACCGUAGCGGCUCUUUGGUCAGCCAUCUUGCCGCAACUUCAGCCACUGAUCUGUGACCUGCUCGCUUCUAGUAAUGAGACAGAAAAAGCCAUUUUCAAGGCAAUCGAGGUGUUUUUUUCAUUGUCAAGGUGCAAAAUGACAAAGCCGAGGCGGAAUACCUAUUCAAAGGCCUUUCAGAUUUUUUUUUACUGCCAAUUUGAAAGUGCCAUUCAGGUGUGAUGCUACUCAGACAAAAUAAACCACAUCCUCCCAGCGAUGGAUUCACCAGGCGGAACGAUUUCUCUUUCCCCGCCAUGGAAACUACCACAGCCUGGUAUUAAAAGGAAAAGAAAAAGUGUCCUUCUGUUCUUCCAAGGUUUUAGAAUCCUUGUGGAGCAGCGAGAGAUGGAUUUGCUCAUGUGUCUUUUGACUGAAAGUCAAGACACAGGCCGAAUUUAAAUCCCAGAGGGACGUUACCUAACAACUGGGACAGCUAUUUCCUCUUGCCCCUCCAUUCUGAACUGUCAGUGUUCACUGGUGUUGUCACUGUUCUGAUACUGAACAUAUUGGAGGGUCAUGCGAUGGGUUCAUAGAUCUUGGAUCACUGGAAAGUUAAAAGAAACACCACUUGAUAUUUUGUUUUUCACUCCAGAAACGCCCUCCAAUCACCUUUAGUUCAAAUCGCUCUCAGUAUGUCAAUGAAACUUUAUUGCGUUCCACAAGUCGUGUUAAUUUUUUUUAAUGACUUUUACUAAUUUAUUAUUCUCCCUACCUCAGUUGUUUUGGACUUUGGCAUGAGGUGGGAGGGAACAUUUUUACGGGUCUCUGUGUACAAACACCUGGUGCUUGACAUUUUGAUGUCUUUAUUUAAUGCCUGGCUCUUCAUCUCUGUGUGGAUGUGUCCUCUGUGGCCCUCUGGCUAUAAGACUGUCUAGCUGCUGACCCUGCAAACAGGAAAGCACACGUCCAGCAGCACAACUAAGGUAGCACUGGCCCCUGGAGAAUCUGACCGGAUUUUAAUAUCUGCUCUGUAAAGUGCUAACUGCAACAAAAAAGAGAGAAAAAACACCCCUGCAGAUGCACAUGACACAAACAGUACAUACCUACAGCACACACUCCUAAGACAUUUUUGAGUCAGGUACUUCAUUGAGGCCAAAGUGCCAGAUCAUUAUCUCUACCCUCCUACAGUGUGUGGCUCAUACCUGCCAUUUAUCCUCCACGCAAAUGGUAAUAUGAGCCCUACCAACUCCCCCCAAAACUCCUCCUGCUUUCAGCUCCUCUCUGAUCUUUAAGGUAAGCGACUGUAUCAGACUGACCAGCCUUACUGAAGAGUCCACCUCCUUCCCAGCUACUGAACUUCUCUGGGAAGCCAAUUUAAUUAGAGGUCCCGCAGCUCUACCGGCUGCUUUUCAGGCAAGAUUACUCGGGUGAAAGUAGGUCAUAACUGAGAGGGAUUUCUUAUUAAAAUCCCAGUUUUUCUUCCACCCACUAUUUGCUGCUACAUUUAAAGAGCGGGAGAAACUUCCUGUACCCAUGCACUGAUGUACAAAUCUGUUUAUGUUGCGAAUUAUGUGUGGGCAACACACACGCGCAUAUGCACAAACCAUGGACGCGCACACACACACACACACACAAACACACAAGAUUUCAGUGGAUGUUUCGGUUAUCCAUCUUGCCUGAUGGGUCUUGGCAUCCCUCACUGUGUUGAUUUAGUGUCUCUUUAAUGAAACAAAUUCAGCACUGCACUGACACACACAUUAUGCACAUGUAUUCACACUCCUACAGGCAACAGUAAUAACCCAAGUCUUAAAAAUCAGUUCAGUUAUCUUUGUGUUGUGAAUAUAGAUAAUAGCAAGCAUUCACACCACUUUCAGUUUAUGAUCUUGGGCUUUUUUGUGUCACUUCAAAAUGACAAGCAGUGUUUAAAAGCUUCCUGUCACACAGACGUUUCAUGGUGUGUUCAUACCAAACGCAAGGUGAAUUUUCGCGCCGCGUUACUUGUGUGAAUACGGAUGCUGGAGAGUUUGAGUAUUUUGCAACUGACAAAUAUUUUCCCGGAACAAUUAUGCAAACUAAUAAGCUAAAGGCUAAGUUGGUUUGCAGUACAACCAACAGCUGGAAUCAAGUGAUGUCAACACGGUAAACACGGAGGCUCUGAAUGCUCUGAACCAGCAUGAACCAAGAAGGCAUCACUCUUAUUUUCCAUACUGUCACAACAGCACACUACUACUCCACUCCUUCUAUUUAUACUUUCCACAAUAAAAGACCAACUGACUCAGAGCAUUCUGCGAAGGAGAAAUUCAACAAAACGCAAGUCACAAAUGCAUAUUUUCAGAACUUACAUGUAGUCUUAAGGCUUCAGUAACUUAUCUCCAAGGCCUCUCCUUGUUUUUUUCUGUUGUACAGUACAACAUUAGUUGGUAGAGCUCUGGGUGCCUACAAAUGGUGACACUGUUUGUCCUCCAUAACCGUGGAUGCUCUCAGUGUCAUCUAAAGACUUAAUACCUAUGGCAUCACAAAUUUUAGAUUUAGCACUCAAGCUUUUGGAUUUAGGAGAGAGUUGCUCAUGUUUCUGAAUAUUUUUGGACUGUUUUAGACCACAGGAAUAACAUGUAUGCAUUUUGAAAAUAUGUAACCCCGCUGUGCGAAACACUUGCUUUGCGUCCGAUGUGAACACACCAUUACAGCUUAACGAAAACAUUCACCAAUUCAUGUCUGUCAGUAUCAAAAUAUCACGACGCAGUUUAAUUUUUUCAGCUCUUAAAUCUCACUUCUUCUGUUGGAAAAACAAAAGGAAAUUCAGUGAACUCUUCCGUAUAAAAGACCCAGAAACAUGUAGUUUAAUUAAACAAAGUUAGGAUCAUAAAACAGCAGUCACAGAUGCUGAAGUCAGUUAAUACUUUAAAUAUACUUUCUGCAAAUUCUCCUCUAAGAGGGAGUACACACUGCUGACUGUUGAUGUAGCCAACAUGGGUUUGAAGCUGCUUACAUUAUCCAAAAGCAAUUAUAUGUUGUUUUUUUUUUGUUUGUUUUAUAUUGGGGGACGGGGAUGGGAAGGGGGGCAGUGAUUGCAAAUGUAUGGGGUAAUUUGUUGAAGCGUUCUUGGUUUUAAUAUUUUGCCAGAAACUCAGGUAAAGGUUGAAGGAUAAUGUCAGUCAUUACUUGACCUGUGAUUUUAGGUAGCUCUUUGAAUCGACCAAAUGCCUUGUUUGAGAGAUUUGUUUUUUCACUUUGAGAAAGAAGGUACUAUCAUGUAUUACCCCUUUUUGUAAGAAAAAAAAAAAAAGAGUCAUUUACAUAUUUUGCUUUCCCCUUUACUUAUUAUCUAUGUAGUGUGCUUUUCUGUACAAAAUGUACACAUCUUAAAUGGCAUCUUCCAAAUCUGGCCAAAGCUGAAAGUCUUGCAACUCUGAGAAGAUGUGCACUGAUUUUUGACCGUAAUUACUUGUUUAAAAUAUGUAUAAAAUAUGGUAAUUGUAUAGUAGUUAAACCUGAGUGUGCGGUACAAAUUGUGGUCAGUAGGGAAAUUAACCUCCAUAACAUAACAUAAUGGGUUAUACUUUGACCUCGAGUGAGAAUCCACUGGGCUCUUCACUGUACACUAUGUAUUUAUCUGUGCUCAUUAGCCAAACUGACCCUGCUCACCAGCUCUGUGGUGUGUUUCAUGUGAUAACAAUGCUAAGACAGCCCUUAUCGCAGUUUUUUUUAUUCUCUUCUUCAGACUGCUUUUUAUUGCUAGAGAAGAUCUCGUAGUACUGUAGCUUUAGGCGCUCUCUUUUAGGUGCCCUGUGCUUGUACAUUUGCUGAAGGUUGCAUGAUGUUGGUGGUGCUUAUCGGUUGUCACCUCAAAACAUAGCAAUUUUAUUGGCAAUUAUUUCCCCCUGCUAUUGUCAAUCUUAAUGCUUAACACCUGAGUGGAUUUGCUAUCAGAGUCUAGAGGUAUUCAGCCUGUUGUUUGGAUUCUGACACAUUGACAGUCAAGUAAAAUAUGUAGCAAAAAAUUCUGAACGUGCUUCGCAUAAGAUGCUUGCUUAGAAGUUUCAUUAAAGCCAAGUAGAAGCCCUAAAUUAUUAUCUGGCCUUGGAUCAGCUCCACCCAAAGUUACCCCGAGUUCUGAGGCUUUAAUUCUGCCGAUGUCAGCACCACUUCAUGACUUGAUGAUGUGUAAAUAGGUGUGUCAUACCUUGUUUAAUAUUACAGCGGAGAUUCAGUCAAGGUUAGCUGACGUCUUCCUCAUCAGCUGGCCUCACAGUAAUCUCUGCAAGUUAGGAUUUACUUGCACUUUGGAGAAGGAACACUGCUGUGAAUACUCUGUGAACUGUUUUCCAGAUAUGUAUUAAGCCUAGAUGUAGACUUAGUUUACAAAGACAGAGUUUACGAGUCCCAAACGAGGCUUCAAGCUGGAGUGCAGGACUUUUGUCUCCCCCAUGUGGCAGUGAAAGUAAUUACAUAAUCACUGUUGAUGCAUGUUUACGACGUACACCUGCAAGAGCUCGCAGCAUCUCCCCCGACCCCUGAAGCGCUCUCUUCCAGUCUUUUUUGAUCGUUCCUCUGAACGCUGAUUUUCUUUUUUAUCUGGAGCAUCCAUUUUCUUGGCUGCUUCUUAGGAUCUACUGCAGUAGCUUCCACCAUACUCCUGGAGUUGCUGCUCCAUCACUAUGGUCUCUCCACCGUUCUGCCCCGUUUAGCUCUGGCUGGUUGAUGUGAAAUGCAUCACCAGCGCAGGAAAGUUGCCACAAACACUGCAACCCCAGUAUACUGUGAAAUACAAAGAGCUUUCCCCUGAUGACGAUGGGCUUAAUCAGCACUGUGUGAACUUGUUUGGUAAGGGCUUGAAUGUAACGGACAUUCAUUUAUAUGUAAAAGUCCUGCACUCCAUCUUUAAAGCACUGAAAUUGUACCGAACAUCUGUUUAACUCUACAGUAGGUUUAGAAGUCAAUGAUAUUAAUGUUUGUGCUGAGACAGUAUGUAAGAUAACAGUCAAGACAUAGAAAGACAGUCCUCAGUACGUCCCUUCCUGUAAAGUUCCCUUUUUAUAGCAAACGUUACCUGAGAAUGGUCAUUUUCUUUCUGACAGAGCAGCAUGCACACCUUUGUAGACACUCAGGAGAGUCCAUCUCCAUCCUUAUUUCCCUGGCUGUCUGCUGGUAUUCGGACAUUUUUCUUAAUAAUACUGACCACAAACAGGUCAUAUUACUCUAUGAAAGAUAUAAUCCGAGACACAGGAUGACAACAUCUAACCUUAAUUUAUUUCUCCUGCAACAAUCAACUGCAGAAAAAUCCCACCUGAUGAAAUGCCCAUUCAGGAAGGGACAUUAUCACACUAAAUGUGCCAUGUAUUCAGCAUGAGGUAUUGUUUGAUUGGUAACCCUCUCCAAUCCCAAAUUGGUACACCAGCUGGUGAGAAUGUCCUGUGGCCAAAUGUAAAAAAAAAAAAAAAAAAAAGGGGGGGGGGUCGGGGGUCCCCAAGCCUUUGUUAACACGUAGUUUCAAUUGGAAAGCUGUUUGACCAAAGCUAAAAAUCACUUCAACAGCUGCUGCCUUGCUCUUAUAAGCCACAAUGUGGAACUAAAAUGUCUGAAUUUAGUGCCCCCAAGAAGUGGUAAGCAACAAUACACAUGUGGAUGUCACCUGGGGACACAGAAUCAAUUGACCAUUUGCUAAGCCCCGCCUCCUCAGCUACUGUUGCUAUGCCUGUCAAGAUGUCCUUCUAGUACAGAACUUAUGCAUUUACAGUGGCAUCUGUUUUACACAGACAUAACAAAAGCAGACAUAUACCCUACCUAAAACAAACUUCUAUGCCUUAGUGUUUGUAUUUUCAAAUGGUGAGCUUAAUUUUGACCAAAGAAAAGGAUUUUAGGAUAACGAAAAACUGAUCCAUUUGGCAGACAUUGAUACUAUAGGUUUGGCUGGAGUUUCAGGAGCAUAAACUUCCAGUAUCGAUAUUCAACACUCUGAUGUAGUCAGGGGUUCAAUUGGGUAGCACAUAAGCUCUACUUGCCCACUAAAGUACAUACAAUCUGAAUUCCAAUUUUCAUAUCAGGCUGGUGGCCAGCCGCAAUGCUGUAACCUAUGUAAGGACAGCAACAGAAAGUUUGCUGAUCCAUUAGGGAGUCAGUAUGAUCUGGGAUCAGUAAGUCUGGCCAAAUUACCUAGCUGCGGAAUGGUGCAUUUUCAGCUGUAGUCUCCUAGUGGCUGGAGGUGAGGCAGAGGGAACUUAAUCCCUGGAUAUAGUAGCACCACCCUCCAAACUCUUUAUAUAGCUAUGGAGUUAUGUUAAUAUUAGAGCCUCUGCACACCGUUUUGGCAUGUGGAGGGAAAAAACAAAGCUUGACAGGUCCAUGGUGCCCUAGUUACAGGGGGUGCGGGGUUUAGUGUAUGGUCAAUUCACUUAAAGCAAAAUAAAGACUGCACCUAUUUUUCAAGGCAGAAACAAAAAAAUUCAAUGUAUAGUUGGUGUAAGCAGUCUGUCCGGUAUUAGAUUUUGGACCAUGGGACAGAUACAGUAAGAGAGCUGCCAGUCAAACUGAUUGUGUGAUUACCGCCUGAAGCAUUUCCAGCACAGCCCUGCCCAACCAUCUUAUGACCACUAGGAAAUAAAACCCAAGUAGUCAGCUCAGCUACAGCCUCGUGCCUCAGCCAACAGGCCUUACUGCCUUAAAGAAACAGAAUGUGUAUGUAGGACAUUGAUAAUCAUUCACUUAAUAUCCCGAAUCUGUAACAGACAUAUUUUGAAGAUUGUAGAUUGUCCUACAGAUUGUGAAAUUCUGUUCUAAGCCAGACGACGUCUCAGCUCGCUCUAUCAGUACGGCUGAAAAGACUUUCAACUCUGCCUCAGGCUGCUGAGGGGAUGGGAUCGCAUUUAGACACAAUCAAGAGGGCACUUUACUGCUUUGCUGCUCGGCGGCGAAUCGCUAUCACACACCAACACAGGCAGCUGCUCGAGUAAUCUUUCUCAAGGCGUGUGUUGUCAUCUUUAGGAUAUGGUAAUACAAUGUGUGGCAGUGUCUGUGAAAUAUGUACUCAUGGGACAUAAAUGCAGGGUCAAAGGUCAUUUGUGCCUUUUAUUGCACAGACUACUCCCUCUUAAAUGAGUGUAAAUGUGUGUACAGUUUUUUUUACAUAACAAUGUGCAUGUGACCAAGCCAUGUAAAAUAUCUGACUGUAAAUAAUGUAAGUAAAUAUUUAAUGAAGGAUCCAACAUUCGCUCAAGAAAAUAAAUAAGUUAAAAACUG